AUGGAUGAGUACAGCAGCGCUGGCAAUGAGCUUAAUUCAUUAUCAGUUACUUCAACAAGCACAAUCUUACCUUCAAGUACAACUGAAUUUGAAACUGCACUUACUGGCAAUUUAGCUGUGUUACUUUCUUAUUAUUUGGACAAAAACAUUCGUCAACCGAGCAAUUAUUUUAUUUUUUCAUUGGCGGUAUCAGAUUUGGCAAGUUUUACUUUAUAA